UCCCGCCUGGGAGACUGUACUAUCAGACAGCAGCACACGGGUCAUCAAUGGAACUGUCAGAUGUUCCAAGGUCGAGGGGGCAAGACGAGGCUCCCCCAGCGUUCCUGCCCUGUGUGUCCCAGAUGAAAAGCAGCAGCUACAGUGCUGUCCAACAGCAGGGCUACUCUGCAUCCAUCUUCCUCCGACGCAAAGACAAGCUCGAACAGACCCAGCAGAAGUGCAUUGCCAUCUUUGCCCUUCUCUGCUGCUGUGCUGUGCUGCUGGUGCUGAUCUUCUCAUCAGUGGACAUCUGGGGGGACGAUGAGGACGGUAUCACAGAGGAGAACUGCAGCAGGAACUGCCGCAUCGUGCUUGUGGAGAAUAUUCCAGACGACCUCUCUCUCUCCACGGAUGGCAGACCCCACCUCCCUCUCUCUGUCGGCUUUCACAUACUUUUGGACCAGGCAAAGCACUCAGUUGAGGUGGUGUCGCCUGUCUGGGACCUAAACUCCUGGGACCUGGAAACAACGCCAAGCACUGCCAAACAGGGUCAGCUGUUGUUCCAGAGACUGCUCAGCCUGAAAUCUCGUGGGGUUAAACUGAAGAUUGCCAGCGGUCUGACUAACUCUGCUGAACUGAAGACCUUGGCAGCACACAAUGCAGAGGUUCAUUUUGUCAAUAUGACAGCUCUUACCAGAGGAGGACUCCAUUCCUCAUUCAUGAUAGUGGAUCGGAAGCACAUUUACAUCGGGAGCGCUGAUAUGGACUGGAGGUCGCUGUCCAAGAGGAAAGAAUUGGGGGUGGUGGUGUAUAACUGCAGCUGUCUGGCUCUGGACUUCCACCGAGUCUUUUCAUUUUACUGGCAGCUCCAUGAGAGGGACUACAUCCCCUCCAUCUGGUCAAAGAGAGUUACAGCCCUCUAUGGAAAGGAUGACGCCCUGGAGCUGCAGCUCAAUGCUACCGAUGCCACUGCUUAUGUGUCUACCUCUCCUGACCUCUUCUGCCCGAAAGAUCGCACCAGUAAUGUCGAUGCCAUUUAUCAAGUCAUCCAGAGUGCCAAGAAAUUUAUCUUCAUAUCUGUGACAGACUAUCUCCCUCUGGUGAGCAGGAGUUUCAGAGGAACCUCAGUCACAAGGUAUUGGUCACCCAUUGAUGAAGUGAUCAGAGAGGCUGUGGUGCUGAGAGGAGUCAAAGUUCGCCUACUGAUAAGCUUCUGGAAGAAGACUCACCCCCUCACCUUUAACUUUGUCACCUCCCUCAAGUCACUCUGCGUGCACCUGCACAACUGUUCGCUAGAGGUGAGGUUUUUCAGUUACAGAGAGCACAAGGACGACGUUCAACAUGGACUCAACCACAACAAGUACAUGGUGACCGACAAUGCUGUCUACAUAGGGAACCAUGACUGGGUUGGUAGUGACUUUGCCAUUAAUGCGGGAGUUGGGCUGGUGAUCAAGGAGACAAGUAGUCUUAAAGACAGCGGAGUUACAAUCCUGGACCAUGUCAAGGCUGCUUUUGAAAGAGACUGGAGGUCACGUUACGCAAAGAGCCUACAAGGAAGCAAAGACCAACAGGGCAAAUACAGAAAACCGCAGCAAGCAGAAAUUCAUAAGGCACCUAAGGAGGAAAAUGAGUGGAACAGCCCUUUAUUAUUCUAAGCACAGAAUGUCUUUCUAAACCCUAAAGCCUUGUAAGCCUGAAUACUAGAACUAGAUUUUACAAACAUGAACACAAUAUAAGAAUGUAGACCUACACUAUUAAGACUUGACUUUAAUUUUGUAACAUUGAUUUAAUAGAUUCACGUACAAUCACCAAAGGAAACGCUGAAGUAACAUUUUGACUCAGUAACAGCUGCAAGUUACAGUAACAUCUAACUACUUAAUUAAAUGUAGACUGUUAUAUAUCAUAUCAGCAUGUACUGUUGCAUGAAUAUUGAAAGCACUAUUCAAAUACAAACGAUAUACUAGGACAAGCAAUAUGAUAAAAUAAAAUAGACUCAGUAUGUGAAAUCCAUAGAAAUAUCCCAUCAAACUCACCAAAACAAAUCACAUUUAGUAUUUAUUGAUAACGCACUGUUUUUGUUUACAGUUUUAAUCUGUAUUUUAU